AUGUCUGACUUCCAUGUACACCCCCAGAGUGCAGCGGUGGAAGAAGGAGGUGUUGCCCGCUUUCAGUGCCAGAUCCAUGGCUUGCCAGAGCCCAUGAUAAUGUGGCAGAAGAAUCAUCUCCCUAUCAGCACGGAUAAUGACAGGUACACGCUGCUUCCCAAGGGGGUCUUGCAGAUUACAGGACUCCGAGCCGAAGAUGCUGGGAUCUUCCACUGUGUCGCCAGCAACAUUGCGAAUGUGAAAUUUAGCAGAGGGGCCAGGCUCACUGUAUCAGGCUCCCAUUCUGCUGUUUACAAAGACCCUGUGAUCCUUGUGGGACCUGAAAACUUGACUCUGACAGUGCACCAGACAGCCAUCUUGGAGUGCAUUGCAACUGGGAAUCCCAGGCCUAUUGUCUCCUGGAGUCGACUUGACGGGCGCCCAAUUGGUGUGGAAGGAAUUCAGGUCCUCGGAACGGGCAAUCUGAUGAUUUCAGACCUCACAGUGCAGCAUUCUGGGAUAUAUGUGUGUGCGGCCAAUAAGCCUGGCACGAGGGUGAGGAGGACAGCCCAAGGAAGACUGGUGGUGCAAGCUCCUGCAGAAUUUGUGCAGCACCCGCAGUCAAUUGCCAGGCCUGUGGGGACCACUGCCAUCUUUACCUGCUUAGCACAAGGAGAGCCUUCUCCGCAGAUCACAUGGUUGAAGAACGGGCAGAUUUUGGAGCCAACUGAACAUAUUAAGCUGAAGAACAACAACAGCACGCUCACCAUCUCCAACAUUGGCCAGGCCGAUGAGGCCAUCUACCAGUGUAUUGCGGAGAACAGCGCCGGGUCCACCCAAGCCAGUGCCCGCUUGACGGUGCUGUGGGCUGACCGACUUCCCGGCCCUCCUCAGGAAGUGAAAGCAGCCUCCGUCUCAGCUACCACCGUCCAGCUGCUGUGGAGCGAGCCAUUGCAAAACACAAAGGAGAUCAUCGGCUACGUCCUGCACAUUAGAAAAGCAGCAGAUCCAGUGGAAAUGGAAUAUCAAGAAGCCGUCAGUAAAAACACCUUCCAGCAGCUUGUGACAGACUUAGAGCCUUCCACUAGCUACAGUUUUUAUAUAAAAGCCUAUACCUCUCGUGGUGCCAGUAAGGCCUCUGAUGUUGUGGUGGUGAGCACCCUGGGAGAAGUACCAGCAAUGCCUUCCCUCUUCAUUAAAGUUCUCAACAGCACCACCGUUCAAGCCACGUGGGAACCUUCCAUCAAACUGGGCCAGCAUGAAGGGUUCAAACUCUACUAUCGCAAAGUCCACCUUUCCCACUUCACGGGGCCCAUACUUCUGCCCAGCAACAUCACCUCUUGCAACAUUACUCAUCUUGAUCCAUCAGUAGUGUAUGAAGUCAAACUGCUUGCUUACAACCAACAUGGUGAUGGGAAUGCCACCAUCCGUUUUGUGUCCCUUCGAGAAACGGUUGAAAAAACAGGCCUGAACCCACCAUGUAAUUGCAUGAAGGAUGAGUCAACCAACAAGACAUCAGCUACUGGGAUCAUCAUUGGAAUCCAUAUUGGAGUCACCUGCAUCAUCUUCUGUGUCCUUUUCCUCAUGUUUGGCUACAGAGGACGAUUGCUGAUGUGUAAAAAUGUGCAAGAGCAGCUGUCAACCCCACAGAUCUCAAGAGGACCAAGAAAUGUCACUGGCCAGGCUCUAAAUGGAUCUACUAAGAGGGACAGGGAAGAUCCAGAUGUCAAUGGGAAACAACUGGAUAUGAAUGAACUGGAAAGGUUGUUCCCAGCCUUGCUUUCCCCAGCCAAUCCACACACGAAGGGAAUAGCGCUGGAUCACAUUCCAAAUACUUCACCUAAUGAAAUCCAGAUAUCUACACUUCCGCCAGAGGAAUUUAGCAUCCUUGAGGAGCAGAACAACACCUUGUUUCCAAACGUAUCCUCUCCCGCGCAGCCAGCCUCUGUUUACCAUCCGCCAAGAAGAACCAGCUUUGAACCAAGCUCCGACCAAUGA